AUGGAAGUUGAAGAAAGAAUGAUGGCCAAUGGAGAUAACGACAACCAAAGACGUGGAUCUCCAAGCCCAAGAAGACAAAAUGGUGAUAUGAACCGUGAUAGUCAUUCACCACACAGAGGUGGUUCACCAAACAGAGGUAACAGCCGUUCACCACACAGAGGUGGCUCACCAAACAGAGGUCACUCACCAAUUAGAGGCGAUGAUAAAAGACGUGGCGACUAUAACACACCAAGAAACAGAUUAGCAAAUACUGCCUCACCAAGUUGUGUUUUAGGUGUUUUCGGUUUAAGUCCAUCCACCGAAGAAAGAGAUAUCAAAGAUGAAUUUACUAAAUUUGGUAAAAUUGAUCACGUCGAUCUUAUUAUGGACAGAAAGACUGGACGUUCAAAAUGUUUUGGUUUUGUCUAUUUUGAAAAUAAAGACGACGCUGUUAGAGCCAAAGAAGAAUGCCAAGAUUUAAUUUUACACGGCAAACAUAUUCGUACUGACUUUUCAGCAACUAAGAGACCACACGAUCCAACUCCAGGUAGAUACUAUGGUAAUCCAAAAUAUGACUCAAGAAGAUCACCACCACCAAGAUUCUCACCAUACGGAGAAAGAGGUGAAAGAUAUGGUAGAGAAGACAGAUAUGGCAGAGAAGAAAGAGGUGACAGAUAUGGCAGAGAAGAAAGAGGUGACAGAUAUGGCAGAGAAGAAAGAGGUGACAGAUAUGGCAGAGAGGAUAGACACAGAGACGACAGCAGAGAUAGAUACGAUAGAUUCAGAGAAGAAAGACCAAGAGAUGGUUACAGAAGAUAA